AGCUUUUCAUUGCAAUACCUUCCAGACAAUUUAGACCUUCUUCUGAGAACUAUUUGCAUCUCAAUCUCCUAAAUGAAGCAAUCGGCAGAGCUAGUGUUCAUCCCAUCCCCAGGCAUUGGCCACCUCGUGGCUACGGUGGAGGUCGCAAAGCUCCUCCUGUCUCGAGAUGAUCAACUCUUCAUCACCAUCCUCAUCAUAAAGUUCCCGUUCAGCACAGACGGCACCGAUGCCUACGUUGAGUCCUUCGCGGACUCUUCCAUAUCACAUCGGAUCAAGUUCAUCAACCUCCCACAGCAGAAUAUUGAGACACAAGGUAAUAGCACCAUCAACUUCUUGAACUUCAUUGACAAUCAGCAAACCAACGUUAAAGAUGUUGUCGCCAAACUCAUCGAGUCCGAGACCAAGAAUCGACUCGCCGGGUUUGUCAUCGACAUGUUUUGUACCUCUAUGAUCGACGUAGCCAACGAAUUAGGGGUUCCUACCUACAUGUUUUUCACAUCCCCCGCCUCCAUGCUUGGGCUCUUGUUCCACCUUCAAGCACUUCGUGAUGAUCACAACAAGGACUGCAUUGAAUUCAAGGACUCAACUGCUGAUUUGGUGGUCCCGAGUUACUCCAACCCCUUGCCAGCUGCUAGAAUCUUACCUAGUAUCCUUUUCGAAAAGGAGACCGGCAACAGGUUCCUCAACUUGGCCAAAAGGUUUAGAGAUGUCAAGGGUAUUUUGAUAAAUACAUUCACAGAACUGGAGUCGCAUGCCCUUCUUUCUCUCAGUUCGGAUGGUAAGAUCCCUCCGGUGUAUCCGGCGGGACCCAUACUAAACGUGAAGAACGAUGACAACAAUGACCAAGUGGAUUCGAAGCAGUCGAAGCAAAAGUCUGAUAUCUUGAAAUGGCUCGAUGAUCAGCCUCCGUCGUCUGUAGUGUUUCUGUGCUUCGGGAGUAUGGGAAGCUUCAGUGAAGACCAGGUGAAAGAGAUUGCCCGCGGAUUGGAGCAUGCAGGGUUUCGGUUCUUGUGGUCCCUACGUCAGCCUCCACCAAAGGGACAGAUUGGAAUGCCCAGCGACUAUGCCGAUCACACCGGGGUGUUACCUGAAGGGUUUCUUGAUCGAACGGCUGGGGUCGGAAAAGUUAUAGGGUGGGCGCCACAAGUUGCCAUAUUAGCCCACCCGGCAGUCGGAGGUUUCGUCUCUCACUGUGGGUGGAAUUCCACUCUGGAGAGCUUGUGGUUUGGAGUGCCGAUUGCCACGUGGCCCUUGUAUGCCGAGCAACAAGCAAAUGCAUUUCAGCUAGUUACGGAACUAGGGAUAGCCGUGGAAAUUGAUAUGAGUUAUAGGAAGGAAGGUCCAGUUGUUGUGACUGCAGAGAAGAUUGAGGGUGGAAUAAAGGAGCUAAUGGAGCUUGAUAGUGAUGUAAGGAAGAGGGUGAAACAGAUGAGUGAUAGUAGCAAGAAAGCUUUGAUGGAUGGGGGGUCCUCAUAUGCUGCGUUGGGACACUUCAUUGAUCAAAUUUAAAGUUUAUGACCGCAUUUGGGGGAAAUCUUUGAUAUUGUCUAUGAUGAUAAACUCCAUUCAGUGUGUCAUACCAUAUGGCCAUCAUGCAUGACUUUGAGAGUGUUUGAUUCUUAUGUUAUUUCCUUAUAUAGGAGCAUGGUGAAAUGACUAUAUAGUUCUUUUCCGUUUGGAGAAACUGCAUGUUGUACUGUUUUUGAUUUUAUCUUACAUAGAAUUAGCUUAGUGAAAUAAAUAUAUAGCUUGUUCUUUUCCUUUUGACA